ACCAGCCUCUUUCGCGGCCACCUUCAACAAGACUAUCGUUUCCACCAGGAGACGGCCGUGGCGGAAGCCUGUCUCAAGGUGAACAAAUUCGGCGAGGUCCCCCCCGACUCUGGGACCUCGAAACGGUGACCGGAGAAUCCGCUGGCUCUGAUGGAGAAGUUCCGCGGUAGAGAUGACCCGGCCAGGAUGGCAGUGUAACCGGCAAGGAACAGAUCGCGGACGUGGAAUCCGAACAAGCCGCAUGAUGCGUGGAACACGAUUCCGGCCGAACUGGUCAAACGUUACGAUAUUCAAUUCAAAGCUCCGAGCGUAUCGCAGGCGUUCCGACCCGGGAGGUAAAGGCGGAUUGCAUCGGCAAGUUGGUCACGGUUAUAGGAAUCGUUACCCGUUGCACCAAGGUAAAGCCCAUGAUGAUGGUGGCCACUUAUACAUGUGACCGUUUGACGCCGGGGAUUUAUGGCCAUUUGGAAGUGAAGAAGGCGCAGCUGUUUCUGCUGGUUGGUCUAUCGAUGCCCGCACGGCACGAAACAUCAACUCACGGCACACCGUCUAGCAGAACAUCCAACUGCCAGCCGCUUUGCUUGCCCAUUCGACUUUUGCUUGCUCAUUCUAGACAAUCCGGACCGCAUGUCGCUGAUCCGCGGGUACAACGCACUGUGCAAGCGCAAAGUGCCGGUCAUCCCGCCGGAACUGUCCGAGUACAUUGUCAACGCUUAGGAGGCCCUCCAUCUGUUGGAAAUAUUCAAGGACUCGCUGAACCAAACCGAGUAGAAAAGACCAAUUACACCCAAAACACGUCGGACAAGAUCUUUCCGCUGACGCGGGAGUUGGUCGGUGCGAGCGAAACGGUCAAGAUCUCAGACGUGAAGAAGCGCUGCACGACCAAGCUGGGCCAGGAGGACGCCUGCAUCGAGGAGUAAGAGGAGCUAAACGUUUGGCAGGACAACGACCAAACGCGGACGAAAAUUACCUUUGUCAGUUAGCGAUUAAAUGCAGUUUAUGU